AUGGAGCGAGGCCGCGCCCUUCUGCUUCCCCUUCUUCUGGGGCUGCUCCAGACUGGUCGCGGUGGGCGGCUGGAAGUGGAUCCACCUGAGAGCGAGGUGGCGAUGGCCGUGGGCGAGUCGCGAAACUUCACCUGCCGCAUGACCUGCGCGGACGGCAGGGAGGCCUCGGUGCUGUGGCGGGGCCUGGACACCAGUCUGGGCGCCGUGCAAUCCGGCGCGGGCCUCAGCGUCCUGUACGUGUUCAACGCCUCGCUGUCUGCGGCGGGGACCCGUGUGUGCGUGGGCUCCUGCCGGGACGUGUCCCUCCAGCACCGCGUGCGGCUCCUGGUGUUUGCCUUCCCAGACCAGCUGACUGUAUCCCCUGAGGCCGUAGUGCCAGGGAGGGACCAGGAGGUGACCUGCACGGCCCACAACGUCACACCGGCUGGCCCUGACACACUCUCCAUGUCCCUGCUCCUGGGGGGUCGGGAACUGGAGGGAGUGGAAGACCUCCCGAACGUGACUGAAGAGCCCCAGGAAGGCGAGGACCAGCUGUUCCAAGUGACCCAGCACUGGCUGCUGCCCACCUCAGAAACCUCCAGCCUGCACACCCUCCACUGCCAGGUGACUAUGAGGCUGCCUGGCCUGGAGCUGACCCGCCACCGGCCCAUUCCAGUCCUGCAGGGCCUGACCUCCCCGGAGCCCCCCAGCAUCACCUCCUCAGAGCCCCCCACCAUGACCCCCGUAGAGCCCAGCAUCACAGUGUCCCUGGAGCCCACUGAUACAACCACCCCAGAGCCCUUUGUCAUGACGCCCCCGAAGCCCCCCAUCACCACCUCCCCCGAGCUGGCCUCCAUCUGCAGCCCCGCGAGUCCUGGCCCCGCACCCAGGAACAGCUCCACCAGGCCGUGCCUCCCGGAGAUCCACCAGUCGUCAGCACCAGGGGCUUUGGAGCUGCUGUGCGAGGUGCCCUGCGGCCCUGGCAUGGCCGUGCACUGGACCCAGGCCCCCGGCGGGCUGGAGGCCUACGAGACGCUGGAGGCAGGGGCCCAAGCUUGGCUGAGCAGCAGGAGCAUGCUGUGGUCCGGGUGCCAUCCUGAGGGCUGGUUCCAGUGUCGCCUGGACCCUGGGGGCCACACCGCCAACCUGUAUGUGGUCCCAGAAAUCUGUUCCCCGGCAACGUCGGCUGCCCUGUGGACCAGCAGCUUGGCGCUGGGGCUCCUUCUCCUGGUGUUCCUCACCUACCACCUGAGGAAACGCUGCCAGCCCACAAGCUGA